AUGGGCCUUAUUUGGUUAUACAUUUACAUGCAGGCUUUUAUGGAUGGAUGGCAAGCAACAUGCAAGUCCAAAGAACAAGCCAGGCUUCUAAUCCCUCCAGGCACAUUCCUUGUUUCUUCAAUGUUCUUUUCAGGCCCAUGUUUGACUCCAGGGCCUGUAACAAUCCAAGUUGUAGGCACAGUUUUGGCCACAACAGAUAUAAGUGAAUAUGAGAAUAGUGAAUGGCUCAUGUUUCAACAUAUAGAAGGGCUUAAACUUCUUGGUGGAGGUACUUUUGAUGGGCAAGGUCAGGAUUCAUGGGAACAUAAUCAAAAUUGUGAAGCUGACCCAACUGACCAAUGUGUUAGGGCCCCAAGUAACCUUUAUUUUGAUAGAGUGACAAAUGGAGUUAUACAGAACAUCAAAUCUGUAAAUCCAAAAGGCUUUCACAUUUUUGUUACUAACUCUGGAAACAUGAGACUUCGAUUAAUUAAGAUCAAUGCACCAGCUACAAGCCCAAAUACUGAUGGUAUUCAUAUAAGUCAUUCAAUCAAUGUGAAAAUAUCAAGAACAAGUAUUGAAACAGGGGAUGAUUGUGUCUCCAUGAUACAAGGAGUCAAUAAUGUUACAAUCAAGAGACUCAAGUGUGGUCCAGGACAUGGUUUAAGUAUUGGAAGUCUUGGAAAGUAUCAAGAUGAGCUACCUGUGAAUGGUAUUAGAGUCCAGGCAACCACAUUAGUUGGCACAACCAAUGGCCUCAGAAUUAAAUCAUGGCCAGAUAAGUAUACAGGUUCUGCAUCAGAUAUACAUUUCAUUGGCAUUACUAUGGAAAAUGUUAAAAAUCCUAUCAUCAUUGACCAAGAAUAUGAAUGCGAUCCAGAAUGCAAAAAGAAGCCAUCACUUGUAAAGAUAAACAAUAUAGGAUUUAUAAAUAUAAAGGGAACAACAAUUUCUCCAAUUGCAGUAGACUUAAGAUGUAGCAAGCAAUUCCCUUGCCAAGAUGUUCAACUUCGUAACAUAGACCUCAAGCUUGGUACCAACCCUACUACAUCUAGAUGUGCCAAUAUCAAACCUAUCUAUAGUGGCAUACAAAUACCACCACCAUGCCCAUAA